GAAAUUAAGCCUUCUCCGUGGUUACAGUAAGUUUUUCACUCCUAUAAAUAUGACAACAUGCACUAGCAUAUAUGUACUACUUAAAAUCAAUGGAGUUGAUUAACGAGGAAAGUGCUAGCGAGCUACUUCAAGCUCAAACUCAUGUGUGGAAUCAUAUAUUCUACUUUAUAAACUCCAUGACUUUGAAAUGUGCUGUUCAACUAGGCAUACCAGAUGUGAUCCAAAAACAUGGCAAACCCAUGACCCUCUCUGAGCUUGUUUCUGCCCUACCAAUCCACCCAUCAAAAGCUCAAUAUGUCCACCGCCUUAUGCGUAUUCUCGUGCACUCUGGUUUCUUUUCCCAGCGAAAUCUUAACGGCGUUGACAACCAAGAAGCCUAUUCCCUUACCCAAUCCACUCGUCUCCUACUCAAGGACAAUCCCUGGAGUGUGAGAGCUCAUUUACUUUUUGUGCUCGACCCAGUUCUGACAAAACCAUGGGAUUGCUUGAGCACUUGGUUCCAAAAUGAUGAUCGCACUGCAUUUAGUGUUGCCCAUGAAAAGGCACCUUGGGAGUACGUUGGCCAAGAUCCAAGAAUCAACAAUCUCUGUAAUGAGGUCAUGGCUAGAGAUAGCAUACUGGCUUGUAAGUUGGUUGUAAACAAAUGUAAAGGCAUCUUUGAGGGGGUGAGUUCUUUGGUGGAUGUCGGGGGAGGCAUAGGAACUAUGGCCAAGGGCAUCACUGAAGCAUUUCCCCACAUGGACUGCACUGUGCUUGAUCUCCCCCAUGUGGUUUCUGACUUGCAAGGAUGCAAAAAUUUGAAGUAUGUAGCGGGGGAUAUGUUUCAGGCAGUUCCUCCAGCAGAAGCAAUUUUACUCAAGUGGAUGCUACAUAACUGGAGUGAUGAAGACUGCGUGAAAAUACUUAAACGAUGCAAACAAGCAAUUAUGAGUAAGGGACAACAGAAAGCUGGGAAGGUGAUAAUUAUAGAUAUGGUGAGAGAGAACCUGAAUGGAGAUGAGGGGUCAAUUGAAACGCAGCUGUUUUUUGAUCUACAAAUGAUGGUGGUUGUUGGUGGCAUGGAGAGAAAUGAAAAGGAGUGGGCUAAGCUCUUCUUUGAUGCUGGUUUCCUCAAUUAUAAGAUACACCCUGUGCUAGGCACAAGAGCUCUCAUUGAGCUUUAUCCUUGAUAAGAUCUUAGUAAUGUUUUGCAUUUGUUACGCUUAAGUGUGAAAAUUCAUGAUAUUAUGAUUUUGUCCAAAAUAAUAUUUAUGUGUAAAAUAAUAAAAUUGCCGCCGCUGCCGCCGCCGCCGCCGCCGCCGCCGCCGCCGCUAUUGUUGUUGAUGCUAGUGUUGUUGUCAUCAUCAUUAUAAUAAAUUCUUUAUCCUUAAUGUUUUA